AGCGAGGUCGUCGCUGAGGAGACGGUCGACGAUGACAACGUGCAAGUCAGUGAGCAAGAUGCACACUAUAUAAGAUGAGCUCUUCUGUGGUCUCUCUCUCUCUCCUUCUCUUUGAGUCUUGACAUACCCAUCAUGUCAAAUGUCCAACCUGAGACUUCUGCUCCGGUCACAGGACAGGGCUCUACAGCACAGGCUCAGAUGCUCAACCUUGACAUCAUAAUUCGAGUACUAUCCAAGACUAUUUUCGCUCCUUCCUUCUGUAUCUUCAUACCAUUGACCUUUCUAUCCCAACUGAGGAGUACAUCACACCCAGUCUUCAUUUGGAGCUGUGUAUGGACGGCCCUUGUAUGUUUGACCCACACGCUUCUACACAUCGACAGGCUCUACUCCAAUCAAUGGUCAUGGCUAUUCUCUCCAUCAAAGCUGAAUUGGGGGGACCAAGUGGUGUUGAUAACAGGUGGUGGAUCAGGCAUCGGAGCGCUUUUGGCUGAGACGCUUGCUAUGAGAAAUGUCACAGUCGUUGUGUUGACAAAGACACCGGCCAAACUCGAGGUCCAAAACGAUAAUGUGCACACCUACGUGUGUGACGUGUCCGAUCUCGACGCAGUGGAAAAGGUGGCCGUUCAGGUCAGGGAAGAAGUCGGCGAUCCUACUAUCCUCGUUAACAAUGCCGGUGUAGUGAAGGGGAAACUGCUAUUGGACUUGAACGAAGAGGAUAUAAAAGACUCAUUUGGCUCCAACACGCUCGCGCAAUUUUGGACGCUCAAGACAUUUCUACCAGCCAUGAUUCGUGCCGGACAUGGACACGUCGUAUCAUUAACCAGCGUGCUCGGACUGGUAGGGGCUGCUCAGAUGACCGAUUAUUGUGCGAGUAAAGCUGCCUUGGUUAGUUUACAUCAAACUCUCCGUGCGGAGCUUGAUGCCAGAUACCUGGCUCCCAAUGUCCGAACCACUCUCGUCAUCCCGGCAUUCGUGCAUACCAAUCUCUUCGCCUGCGUCAAAUUGCCCACUUCCCGACUAUUCAAUUUCCUAGCUCCUCAUCUCGAACCUCACGUCGUUGUCAAGGAGAUCAUUGACGCCCUGGACUGUCAUGAGAGCCGAGUCAUCCGACUCCCCUGGUAUACUAAUCUCGCUCGCAUCAUGGGUCCAGGGGUAGGCAUCGUGCCGAAAUGGCUCGCAGAUCUUCUGCAGUGGAUAGCCGGGGCGGACCAAGCCAUGAGCGAAUACGGCCCAAAGCCUGAUGCAGGCGAGCGAUUGCUGGUCGAGAGGCGGGUAACAGAUCAAAAAAUAGACUAAAGCAUAGAGCAU